UCAGGCUCCUGCUCCGUCUUGCGCUGAGCACCUUCUCCGACGCCGGCCUGCACGCGCCACCAACAACACGAUGUUCGCCGCCCUGUCGCGGCCGUUCCGGCGAUCACUAAGCCGCCGUGGCGUCUUCAUCCAGGUCGAGAAGACGCCGAACCCCUUUAGCCUGAAGUUCGUGCCGAGCCAGGCGGUGCUCGGCGAGGAGCACCAGGACAAGAGCGGCUUCCACUUCCACCGGGGCGACACGGAGUACCUGCGGUCGCCCCUGGCCAAGAAGCUCUUCGCCAUCGACGGGGUCACGGGCAUCUUCCUCGCGCGCGACUUCGUGACCGUUUCCAAGAACGAGGACGGCGCCUGGGCGACCAUAAAACCCCACGUCUUCGGCCACAUCAUGGACUUUUACGCCGAGGGCCUGCCGGCCGUCGAGGACGCGCUGCCCGCGGCGAGCGACACGCUCAUCACGGACGACGACAGCGAGGUCGUCGCGAUGAUCAAGGAGUUGGUCGAGGCGCGCAUCCGGCCGGCGGUGCAGGAGGACGGCGGCGACAUCUUCUUCCGCGGCUUCGACGAGGCCACGGGCGUCGUCAAGGUCGAGCUCGCCGGGUCCUGCGUCGGCUGCCCGUCCUCGUCCGUGACGCUCCGCAACGGCGUCGAGAACAUGCUCAUGCACUACAUCGCCGAGGUCAAGGCCAUCGAGAACGUCACGCCCGACGACGACGCCGACGACUUCAAGCUCUCCUUCAACCCGCCGGACAACCCCCACCUCUCCAUCUGACCUAAUCCUAGCGCCGCU